GCAGAGUCCCCCUCGGCGUGUGGUGGACGUUAUUCAGAGUUCUCCAGCCACUUCGCCAUUGAAAGCAACGCUCCGUUAUUGAAGAGCUCUUCCACUUAUUGUGUGUGUGUGCUCUGUGAAAUCUACCAACGUUAUUUAUUUCUAUUUCUCCCAUUUUCCCCGUGUCAUCUGCAACACUUUGAUCAAAUUAAAGAAAGAAAAGUGGAUGAUGUUGAGUGGUGAUUGGUGAAUCCGAGUGAGAGAUUUGGCGACCACAUUCCAAUUUUGAUUGUUGCCGUUUUGUUUUUGUCUGGAGCCGAGAUGGACCACCGCCAUUAUUCACCUGGCGGAUUAUCCGAGUCUGAAUUGGACGAGAGUUCGUCGACGGCCAGUUCGCCGAUGAGCAUUUCGAGUGCCGAGGCCAGUUCGCCCUACGACAGCAGCCGCCUCAAUGGCGACGACGAUCCAACGGAUAGCUCCUUCUCGACUUGCGUCAACUCGCCCGUCACCUCGUCGCCUCCUAGUCCGGCAGAAAGCCUCUGCAACAUCAACAACCACUCCACCAACAACUCCACCUACUCGACUCCGUGGUCCAACAGCAGCAAUCCCUACUACAACAGUUGCAAAAGUGUGCGGUGGUUUCGCGACGAUCGCGGCCUGUGGAGCGAGCGAUCAUCCAACCGGCGGAGUUCCGGUCCCUACAACCGGAAUAACACCACCACCACCACCCCUUCGGGCACUUGCAGCAAAUUGCACGUGUCCAAUUCGAGCAAUCACAAGGAGAUGAGCGAGGUGCUGAUCGAGGCUGUCCAGCGGGAAGAUCAAGUCCAGCUGCGCCACUUGCUGGCCAAGAGUGCCACCCACGUCAACAUUUUGGGACAAGAAGGCGAUUCGCCAUUGCACCGAUCCUGCCGGCAAGGCAAUCUGGACACAGUCAAAUUACUCGUUCGUUACGGAGCCGAUCCGGAAUUAGCCAACCGGGAAGGAUGGAGUCCACUGCACUUGGCCGCACACAGCGGCUACCACGAGGUUGCACUUUACCUCCUGUCUCUCACGCGGAGGUAAUCAAGACGAAACCGCCUCUCGCUGGAUUCUUCUUCCCCCCUCACCGCCCGUCUUCGAUCCGGCUGAUCCCAAUGUCACAAGUCAAAUAUUAGUUGCAAGACAACCGGAUCGGCCGUUUUUUGGGAUGUGUCUGUUUAUUUUGGGGGGAGGGAAUCCGAGUCACUGUGAUUUUUUCUCACUGGGCUUCUUCUUCUUCUUAUUAUUAAAAAUGGUUGAAUUGAAAAACUCGGAAAUAAUGUUAUAUCGAGCUGACGUCGUGUAUGUGUCAGGCCUCCAAUAUCGCGGAGUGUUUAACCCAUCAUCACGGCGUCUUAGCUCUCUCAUAGUGAAAUUUGUGUGUGCCGUGUGUGUGUGGUGUGGGAUUGUAUCUGUGUUAUACAUCCGAGUUUGAAUGCCGAGUCUUAUUAUUUGGUCGUUGAAAAACAAAAAUUCGUGCAAGAUGGAAUACCGCACACACACACACAGUUCGCACAGAACAACAGCAAAGCCUUGGAUUCGAAUAGAAUCGCCCAUAUAAAAA